CAAAUAAAUAAACAAAACUUUCCUUUUCCAAUUCCUUGUAGCCGUCGGACUGUGCUCCGCCUGCGCGGGAGUUAGCUUCUAUAAAUCCCGCCUCAGCCUUCAAACCCAUCCGAUCUCCUCUCUCUCUCUCUCUCUCUCUCUCUCUCUCUCUCUCUCUCUCUCUAUGCCAUUCUGUUUACCUUUUUCCUUUUACAUCUCUCUCUCUCUCUUCUUCCUCAACUUCAUCUCUCAUUCCGCUGUUUCUCUAAACUUCUAUAAUUUGAUGGUGAUGCGUCUCUUCUUCUCUCACUAAGUUUUAAGCCUCCUUUCGCUUUCUUUCCACUUUUCUCGUGGUGGGUUUGCGAAAUCUUUUUCUGGGUCAAACAAUUUUCCCCUUCUCCUUUACCCUACCCAAUUUCAUUGCUAGAUCAAAAACCCCAACUUUCCGUUACCAAAUUUUCCGACGAAACUCCUUAGGAUUAUUGACAUUUGGAUGAUCGGUGGAUAAGACCUCAAUACGUGCACGAAAUUGGAAACAGAUCACUCUUUCAGACUUUCUUUUCCUCGAUCAUAAAGAGUUGCGGCGACAAGUAUAUGGCUACGUUUGUGGAGCCACCGAACGGAAUCAGAUCGAUGGGAAAGCAUUACUAUACAAUGUGGCAAACUCUGUUUGAAGUUGAUACUAAAUAUGUCCCAAUCAAGCCGAUUGGGCGAGGUGCUUAUGGUGUUGUGUGUUCUUCGAUUAACCGAGAGACUAACGAGAAAGUGGCGAUCAAGAAAAUUCAUAAUGUGUUUGAGAAUCGUACGGACGCCAUGAGAACACUGAGAGAGCUGAAGCUUUUGAGGCAUAUACGACAUGAGAAUGUGAUUGCUUUGAAGGAUGUGAUGAUGCCAAUUCAUAGGAAAAACUUUAAAGAUGUUUAUUUGGUUUAUGAACUCAUGGAUACAGAUCUUCAUCAGAUUAUCAAGUCCCCUCAGCCACUCUCCCAUGAUCAUUGCAAGUACUUUAUCUAUCAGUUGCUUUGCGGGUUGCAGCAUCUUCAUUCAGCUAACAUUCUUCACCGGGACUUGAAGCCCGGGAACCUCCUUGUCAAUGCUAACUGUGAUCUUAAGAUAUGCGAUUUUGGGUUAGCACGAACUAGCAUGGGCCAUGAUCAGUUCAUGACUGAGUAUGUUGUUACUCGCUGGUAUCGGGCUCCAGAACUUCUUCUCUGCUGUGACAACUAUGGGACUUCCAUUGAUGUAUGGUCUGUGGGAUGCAUCUUUGCUGAGAUUCUUGGUCGGCAACCUAUCUUCCCAGGGACGGAGUGCCUCAACCAACUUAACUUAAUCAUCACCAUUCUCGGUAGUCCGAAGGAAGCAGAUGUUCAGUUCAUUGACAAUGUAAAGGCCAGAAAUUAUAUCAAGUCAUUGCCCUUCUCAAGAGGAAUACGCCUUUCGCAUCUUUAUCCACAAGCUGAACCUUUAGCUAUAGACUUGUUACAGAAGAUGCUUGUGUUUGAUCCAACUAAGAGAAUUACCGUUGACGAAGCACUUCAACAUCCAUACAUGUCGGGGCUAUACGACCCGAAAUUCAAUUCUCCUGUUGAGGUUCCUCUCAAUCUCGACAUCGACGACUCACUUGGGGAGCCUAAGAUCAGGGAAAUGAUGUUGAAUGAGAUGCUGUAUUACCAUCCUGAAGCUGUUGAAGCUGUUUCUACAUUUUCUUAAGGUAUAAUUCUCUUUAAAGACUCGCAUCUAAACAAGAUGAAAUUAAUUUUCCAUACUCUUUUUGGGAUGCUGGAAUCUGAUGUGUUACAAGUUCAUCAGCAAUUUUAGCGCAUUGACACUAUUGCAGCCUUUUUCAACUUGUAAAUAUAACUAUGAAGAAUUGAUGGAUCCAGAAAAGGAUAAACUAUUUUUGUAUUAGUUAUGAAUGUUCGACAUUUUGUUCAUCAUAAUCAAAUCAACAUUUGAAUGUGAAGAAGCCUCUUUUGGGUUCAAAUAUAUGUGGAUUUUGGUGA